UUCUUACCACUUCCUUUUCCACGCCCAUACUUCCUCCUCCCGACGUUGUUGAGCAAGGUUUCAAAGAGUUUCUCCAUCUACUCGUGACUAGUGUUGUGUUCACCAAGAUGUCUCAAGAUGACUUCAAUCGGGCUGCGGAGGAGGCGAAGAAACUCAAAACUCAGCCGGGCAAUGACGAACUUAAGGAGAUAUACGCCCUAUACAAGCAGGCUACAGUGGGAGAUGUGAACAUAAGUCGCCCCGGAAUGCUGGACUUCACAGGAAAAGCAAAAUGGGACGCCUGGGAUUCAAAGAAAGGGAUGAGCAAGGAGGACGCUAUGAAGGCUUACAUCGCCAUCGUGGAGGAGAUGAAGGCUAAAUACGGCCUGGCGGAGUGAGGGAGGGAGGGGAGGACUACCCUGGCCUGGCCUCUAUCUCCAACCAUGGUGCUUCUGGUGUGCUGCUGUUCCAAGGGCUGGAUUCCAUUGUAGAAUUCUGGAAUCUCUAGAUGAUGGUAGAUUCCAUAGGUAGCGUUUUUUGUUACCUGAAUCACAAUCACAAUCCUCAUCAUCUACAGUCACAGUGUUGGUCUCUGGCAGCACAGUCCUAACAUCUAAUGUUUUUUUUUUUUGUACUUCCGAAUAUUUUUGAUAUUCACUAUUUUGAUAUUGUAAAAGAGUGCUGCUCAGGGGCCCAUACUAAGACACUGGUUCAGGAGUAAACCAGGUUAAAUUAAGAGGUAAAUCAUCUAAUAGAAUGGUUCUCCGGAACCAGCGUCUUAGUAUACCCCUCUGUAGUUUAAGCAGGGGCUCAAUUCAAAAUGUCAACUAUUACACCACCGCACCAUUGGGAGAGUAGCCACAAAGAAGACCCCAUUCGUUUAAUGCACUUGAUGAUGUGGUUAUUUUUGAUCUGAGGUUUGGCCAACGCCUUGGCUGAAGGAAAUAAUAGUGCCUACUGUAAGCAGAAAUUAGCACAAGAUUGUAGGAAAAAAAGAAGAAAUAAAACUAAAUGAUUGCCAAUUUUCAUAUAUUAACCACCAGGUUUUUUGAUUGUUAUUCUACAUUCCUAUACAUCAGCUAGUGAUGGUGAUGGGAUCAUCUCUAGUACGUAACAAUUCAGAGACCAUCAUGUACGCCUGUAAAGCUAGCCUCAUACGGCUGAUACGGUUUGUUGUCAAAAUUGUCUUUGUAAAAGUCAGAUAACUUAAUGAAGCAUUGUUAUGGUUUGCCACCAAACUGUAAGAUGUAUGUUAGUGAUGAAAUACUUCAGAGAUUUGGAAAUAAAACGAACGUUCAUUACCAUCA